UUUUCCUUUUCCAUUAUUUUACCCUUUCCAAGAGCUAAUCAGGUCCAAACGUUUUUAUACUUCCCACUGCCUCCAUAACCUUCCUGUAUUGAUUUUAAAACCAGGACAGCAAUGCUUAUUAGAAAUAUAGGUUUUGUAUCCAUUGAUCUUAUAAUUUAUUUUAUAAUCUCACAAAUCUAGGUCUUUUAUAUGCUUCCAUAAUUCUAAAAUAGUGACUAGUGAGGUACAUUUUAUUAAACAAUUUGAACAUUAACAACUCAGUGAAUCAAUGUGCAUGAAAUUAAAAUGGAGAGAACUUUAAGAGACACUUUAAUCUCCCAAAUAAAUAAUUAACCUGAACUUCAGCUGUUAUUAAGCUAAAGUCAUUGUCUCUAUCAUUUUAGGAACUCAAGAAAUAUUCCUACUGAUUAAAUGUUAAAUUUAUAAUUCAAAUUUUGGUGUGAGGUUUUUUUAAAUUAAAAAAAAAAAAAAAAAUGUUAGUUUGAUGGGAAGACUGGUUCAUGUUAUAUGAGAUGUUUCUCUAAAAUAACCGUCAACAUUUUACUAACACUAUGUGUUUCUCAUUUCCUUGUUUCUUGAAUUUGUGUUUGUCAUCCUCAGCUCUUUUUCAAUUGGUGUCUGCCUGGAGUAACUUUUUAUUUUAUUUUAAUGAACUUGAUAAAUCACAUAUAUUGGUUUGCGGAUUAUUUUAUUGAGAACCUGUGCAAUUGAUUGGAGACCACUUGUUGUGUCACUAAUGGGAGAAAGAUGAGGGAGGGCCCUUAACACAAUGCUGCAGGAUCUGAUUGCUUGUAUUAUCUGUAAGGUAUGUAAAAUUUGAUUGUUAUAUACUUAUAUUGUUUGUUAACGAUUUCCCACAUGUAUACUUGGUCCUUGUACUGAAACAGCUUGGCAAUUGAGAUCAUAUUGUAUAAUACUUGUAUUCUUUUGUCUUCAUACAUCCUUCAUAACAAUAAACCAAUCUCUAGAAAAACAGUAAGUACAUGGACACAACGUUUUUUACAGAAGACCUCUUCAUUCAUUUUGAAUUCCAAACCUCAAAAACAUUUAGCUUCCAAUGUGUGAAAUGUGUGACAUGAUGAUAAUACUAGCACAAUUUUCUGCUUCAAAUAUGCGCUUCUCUUACGUAACUGGCAGUUGAAAAUUCUCAUCUCACUUCAACGUAGUUGCCACGCAAUACAUGACUACUAUUCCAUGAUAAGAAGCAAAAGACAACAUGCCAUGCAAAGACCAAUGACCAAGUGAAAGUCGUCUAUAUCCAUAGGCACAAACGAGAGGAGAAACAACUCAAAACUCACUACACACUUCCUCCUCCUCCUCUCUCUCUCUCUCUCUCUCUCUCUCUCUCUCUCUCACCCAUCAUCCAUGGAUUCAAGCAAAGCAGAAAUAGCUCAAGAGUUUCCCGGAAUGAUACGAGUCUACAAAGAUGGUCAUGUAGAAAGGUUAGUAGAUACUGAUUUUGUUCCAGCGUCAAAUGAUACCAUAACUGGUGUCACAUCCAAAGACAUAACAAUCCUGUCCAAAUCCAAUAUCUCUAUCUCCGCUCGCCUUUACCUCCCUACAAAACUUGCCAAUCCAAACCAAAAGCUUCCUCUACUUGUUUACUUCCAUGGUGGUGCUUUUUGUGUUUCUUCCCCAUUCACUUCCAAGUACUACAACUAUGUUAACACUCUUGUAUCUGAAGCUAACGUUGUUGCAAUCUCAGUGAAUUAUAGGAAAGCCCCUGAACACCCAAUUCCAGCUGCAUACGAGGAUUCUUGGGCUGCUUUACAAUGGGUUGAGUCCCAUUGUAACAAUGGUGGGCCUGAGGCUUGGUUGAAUGAGCAUGUGGAUUUUGAGAGAGUGUUCUUAGCUGGAGAAAGUAGUGGUGCUAAUGUUGCUUAUAAUUUGGCUAUGAAGGUUGGAGAGACCCAGGCCCAGGUUCAAUUUGGGCUUAAUAUGGGCCUUCUUGGGGUUGCUUUAGUCCACCCAUUUUUUUGGGGUUCAAACCCUAUUGGGUCAGAGGCCCGAAACCCAAGUAGGCAGGCCGUGGUGGAUCGGUUGUGGCCAUUUGUGUGCCCAGCCCAACCAGAUAAUGAUGACCCACGGGCUAACCUGGUGGCAGAGGGUGUACCUAGCUUGGCCCAAUUGGGGUGCAGGAGGGUUUUGGUGUGUGUGGCUGAGAAGGAUAUAUUUAGGGAUAGAGGGUGGCUUUUUUACGAGGCAUUGAGUAGGAGUGGAUGGAUGGGUGUGGUGGAGAUUGAGGAAACAGAAGGGGAGGAUCAUGGGUUUCAUUUGUAUGAUUUGAAAUGUGAGAAAGCUAGGGAUUUGAUUAAACGCUUGGCUGAUUUCUUCAAUAGGGACAUACCUCCACUGAUUUGAUUUGAUUGUGGGCUCUUGCAGUUGAAGAAAAUCAGAAAAUAUAGUAUCCUUUGUGCUUCUUUUAUUCAAUUUUUUAAGCUUUAAGAUUUGUUUUUUUUUUUUUUUU